GAUGCGCCAAGUGCAGAGACGCGAGUAGUUCAAAUCCGAACAAGUACUCUUAUCAGUUAUGACGAUGAGCCACAAGCAGACUCCUGAUCAUCUCUCAGUUAUCUUUCUGGUGCCACGAAUCUCAGUUUGAUCUCUAGCUGCCCGAGGCAGUCGCACUUCUGCGUUCAAUUUGCGAUCGCGCGCUUUUUUUCGAUCUCCUUCUGCGAGCUUUUCUUCCGGGUUAUUGGCUAGUGAUUGAAGAUUGGAGUUGAUUUCUCUGUAAUUGGAUUUAUCAGUGACCAAAAAGCAGAAAUGUGAACAAGUGAUCUAAGAAUUUCUCACAAGAAUCAGCGGUUUUUGUAACUUUUAAUAAAAGUUACAGGAUGAAUUUCACAGAUGAGCACUUGAGUUUACUGAAUAGUGUUAAUGAUUCCCUGGAACUCAAGUGCCUCCUCCAGGCGGCUAUUGAGACGUCCUCGGAGGAGAUUGAAGGAUGCCCAGUAUUCUUUGAUUCUGUUCUCUGUUGGCCUCGAACUCCCGCAGCAACUUGGGCAGUUCAGCCGUGUUUCGCGGAAUUUAAAGGCGUCAAGUACGACACGACACAGAACGCAACAAGAUAUUGCCAUUUAAGUGGACAAUGGGACAAUUACACAAACUACGAGGAUUGUGCUCACAUUGUACGGGAUACAGUUGUGUCUGAAUUUGAGCCUCAUGUAGACCUCCCAACCUACAUCUACUGCAUCGGCUACAUUUUAAGCCUCAGCACCCUCUUCCUGGCCACACUGAUCUUCUUCACUUUCAAGGAACUCCGAUGCCUCAGAAACACAAUCCACGGCAACCUCUUCGUUACUUACAUCCUAUCCGUGAUAGUCUGGCUGAUUGCCCUUGCUCUCCAGCUAACCCACUCCACCUCAAAUGCUGCCUGCACGCUCAUAGUGAUCCUCCUGAAUUACUUCACGCUGACCAACUUCUUCUGGAUGAUGGUGGAAGGAUUGUAUUUGUACACUUUGGUGGUGAAGACCUUUUCGCGGAGCAAUCCUCACGUGGGACUGUACAUGACCCUCGGAUGGGGAGUUCCGUUUGGCUUUGUAGCUAUUUGGGCCAUCAUUAAGGCAGCCUCCUCAACACCUUUGACACCACACAAAAUGACCGGGCUCGAUCUCGAAUGUUCGUGGAUGCGUGAGUCUCUCGUGGACUGGAUCUGCAAACUUCCCGCCUGCACAGCCCUCCUGGCCAAUCUCAUCUUCCUGGUGCGCGUGAUGUGGGUAUUGAUCACAAAGCUACGAUCGGCAGAAAAUAGCGAGACAAAGCAGUAUCGGAAGGCCUCAAAAGCCCUCCUUGUACUGAUGCCAUUGCUAGGAAUAACGUACCUAAUUGUGCUUUCGGGACCAUCAGAGGGCGUUGGAAGCUACAUUUUUGCCGUUGUUCGCGCCAUUUUGCUCAGCAGUCAGGGAUUCUCUGUAUCCCUGUUCUACUGCUUCUUAAAUUCCGAAGUGCAAAAUGCCAUGAGACACAGAUUCAACAAAUGGCGAGAUAAGAGAAAUAUCAGGGGAAACAUCGCUCAUAGAUUCCAAAAUGCCCAACUGUGCUGAAGCAUCAUCGACAGAAAAACCAUCAAAAGAUUGCAAAUAAAUAAAACAAAACUUUAUUGUU